ACAGCCAAUGGGAGGCGAGAAUGUAAGCACAUUGUACAUGGAUUCCAGAAACGAGAAUUGUCUCUAGCGUUGAUGCGCAUUAGCACUACCUCGCGAAUAUUAUAACUUCUGAAAGUGUUGCAGAACAGUUGGAUUGGAAGUGAGGUGUAACUGCGUUAGACAUAUGAAAGACCCUUACAAUUUGAAGAAAGCAUAUCAUCCUACACCUGCACAUUAAAAAUCAGCCAGUGCCAACUGUGAUGGAGAAACCACUGGUUCAGACACAGGCUUCUACACUACCUUUCUUUGACACGGCCCAUGCCUUCAACCUACUACGAGGAAUUCAUGAGUUACGGGCUGAGCGCAAGUUCUUUGAUGUGACAUUGUGUGCUGAAGGCCGAGAAUUUCAUUGCCACCGGACAGUCCUUGCUGCUGCCAGCACAUAUUUCCGUGCCAUGUUUGCAGGAACACUCCGUGAGAGUGCCAUGGACCGUGUGGUCCUUUAUGAAGUUUCAGCAGAGUUGCUAGGCCUACUGGUAGACUUUUGCUACACCGGCCGGGUCACCGUUACACAGGACAAUGUGGAUCUUCUUUUGAAAACUGCUGACCUCUUCCAGUUCCCAUCAGUAAAGGAGGCCUGUUGUGCUUUCCUGGAGCAGAAUUUAGAUGUGUCCAACUGCCUGGAGAUACAAGACUUUGCAGAGGCCUAUGCCUGCCGUGAUCUUGCUGCUAGCGCUCGUCGCUUUAUCCUCAAAAAUAUUGUUGAGUUGGCCAAGGGCAAAGAUUUCGAGCGAUUGCCGUGGAAGCGUCUGCUUGAGUUUAUGUCAGAUGACGGACUGUGUGUGGACAAAGAGGAGACCGCAUACCAGAUAGCAAUACGCUGGGUAAAGGGUGACCUACAACGGAGACUUCACUACUGGCCUGAGCUUUUGCAACAGGUGCGGUUACCAUUUGUACGACGUUUCUACUUGCUGGCCCAUGUGGAAAGUGACCCAUUGGUCUAUCUCUCACCAUCAUGCCUAAGGCUGGUCAGUGAGGCACGUAGUUUCCAGUCUUGUGAAUAUGACCGGCAUGACUUUCCCUGCCAUCGCAUGCACCCGCGCCCAUCCACUGGCCUGGCUGAGAUCCUGGUGGUGGUAGGAGGCUGUGACCAGGACUGUGAUGAACUGGUGACUGUUGACUGCUAUAACCCACAAACAGGCCAGUGGAGGUAUCUAGCGGAGUUUCCUGACCAUCUUGGUGGAGGAUACAGCAUUGCUGCUCUGGGCAGCGAUAUGUAUGUGACAGGUGGCUCAGAUGGUUCACGUCUGUAUGAUGGAGUAUGGCGCUACAACUCAAGUGUGAAUGAGUGGACUGAAGUGUCGCCCAUGCUGAAGCCAAGGGAGUACCACAGUUCCUGUGUACUCAAGGGUCAGCUGUAUGUGGUGGCAUCUGACAGUACUGAGCGCUAUGACCAUGCUUUGGACUGUUGGGAAUCCCUUGCACCAAUGCUACAUCCUAUGGACAACUGUUCUACCACCACCUGCCGAGGACGCCUCUAUGCUAUUGGCUCACUCACUGGGCAGGACGCUAUGGCCAUCCAGUGCUAUGAUGCAGACACUAACCAUUGGUCACUUGUCAACAGUGCCCAACUACCGCCUUGGUCCUUUGCUCCUAAGACUGUUACACUCAAUGGUCUCAUUUAUUUUGUGAGAGAUGACUCGGCUGAGGUUGAUGUCUACAAUCCUCUGAAGAACGAAUGGGACAAAAUAGAGUCAAUGAACCAGGUCCAUGUGGGAGGCAGUGUGGCUGCUCUAGGGGGACGUUUGUACGUAUCGGGUGGCUAUGAUAGCACCUUUGAACUGUCAGAUGUUGUGGAGGCAUAUGACCCAGAAACACGCACGUGGAGCAUUAUUGGCCGGUUACCACAACCCACCUUCUGGCAUGGCAGUGUCAGUAUCUUCCGGCAGUUCAUGCCACAAGCACAAAGCGCUUUUGAGCCACUGGAACCCCCUGAGGUCAAUGUUGUCCGUCUUCACCGGCUUCAUCGUCACCAGGCAAUCCACAAUCACAAUCUCAACCGCCACCAAGAUGUCAAUCCUGCCCACUGAGGCACACGCUGCUCCCACAGCUCAGGCAAAGUUUUGGGAUAGCUAAUGUCAUGUUUACUGUGAUUAUGAGUGAGUGUGCUGUAUUUUACACAAUUGUACUAUGAAAAGAAGAGUUUUGUUCUUUACGAAAUUGUAGCAGUUUGUGCACAAAAGUAGACGAGAAUGUCUGUUGCAUGUAAUAAUAAUAAGUAUCCAGCAGGCUGGG